AAGAAGACAUGGCGCCAAGCAACUUACCAGCGGCCCUGCUCCUGCUCCUGCUGCUGGCCUCUUCCGGCCCUCUCCGUCCUACGCUAUCCGGCGCAGCGCCUCUGGAGCCCGUCGAGGUCAGCCUCGUCGCCGGCGCACAGGAAAAGGGAGCAGUCUGCUUGGACGGGACCCCGCCGGGGUACCACCUGCAGAGAGGCUCCGGUGAUGGAUCCGGCAGCUGGCUCGUCCAUCUAGAGGGAGGAGGCUGGUGCAGCACACUCAAGGAUUGUUCUGGUCGCAGAAUGUCUGUUCUUGGUUCAUCAAAAUUCAUGAAACCACUACAGUUCGCCGGUCAUGGGAUUUUUGACAGUGACGAGAUAUAUAAUCCUGAUUUCUACAACUGGAACAAAGUCUAUGUGCGGUAUUGCGAUGGGGCGUCAUUUGCUGGGGAUGCUGAAGGUCAAGCGCAGUUUACUUCAGAGGGUUACGCAUCUAUGAAGCAGUUAUUGGCGAACUCAUGGAAAAAGGACUCGCCAAUGCUACACAGGUCGUACUUCACUUACCAAAGUUCACAGAAUACCAAGAACCAUUUUGACAAAAAUAUUCUGCGUGACAAGGGUUGUUCUGCCGGAGGUCUAGCGACGAUACUGCAUUGCGAUGAUUUUAGUGCACGGUUUCCGCAGCAGGUUUCAGUUAAAUGCUUUGCGGAUGCUGGGUUUUUUCUUGACGUCAGAAAGGAUAUAUCUGGAGAAAGGUCCUUUUGGUCUUUCUAUAACCGAGUUGUACAGCUCCAGAAUGUUAGACAAGUGUUGCACAAGGACUGCCUUGCCAACAAGGACCCAACCGAGUGUUUCUUCCCCACAGAGCUUAUUAAGAGCAUCCGCACCCCCAUGUUUAUUCUCAACUCUGCGUACGAUUCAUGGCAGAUACAGAAUGUUCUCCUACCGACUUCAUCUUCCCCUGAAAAGACAUGGUUGAGUUGCAAGGACAAUAUCAGAAACUGCAAUUCAACCCAAAUUAAAGUUCUUGAUGAAAUCAGGAACACAAUGAUCAAUGAUUUGAAGGUCAUCAAUGAUAAGGCAGACUGGGGCAUGUUCAUUGAUUCAUGCUUCACUCACUGCCAAACGCUCUUUCGCGUCUCUUGGAGUUCACCAACAUCCCCACGGCUGGGAAAUAAGAAUAUUGCAAAGGUUGUUGGAGAUUGGUACUUUGGAAGGAGCCAAGGAGUGAAAGAGAUUGACUGCGAGUAUCCGUGCAAUCCAACGUGCAAUAGUCUACCGCCACCAUGAUUUGUUACUACUCCCUCCUAUCCAUAUUAAUUGACGCUGCUUUAGUAUUGUACCAAAGUAGCGUCAAUUAAUAUGGAUCGGAGAGGGUAUAUUGGAUUGUGUUGAUAUCUACUAUGUAAAGAUUCAAGACAAAAACACAAUCUUCAUAUUGAAUUGUGCAUCAAAGAGAAAAGCAAUGAUCACGCGUAAUAAAAUUAAGUA